UGCCGAAUUUGAUUUGCAGUUGGGAAUAUUAACACAGUUCUCUAUAUUAGCUUACUAGAAGCUCUUUUUUUAUCAAAAUAUAUAAUUCAUCCAAUUUGAACCUGUACACAUUAUUGUUCACUGGAGCCAAGAAAAUGAGAGAGAGAAAGAGAAUGAAUGCAUGCAUUGUAUUUCAUGUCAUAUCAAACGGUUUUCUUCAUCGAUGAUAAAAUCAUGCAAUUGUUGUUAAUUCAGAGCCAAGUUACAUGCAUUUCAUGCUCGCUCACUUGUUAAAUGUCCUCCUUCAAAUGCACUUAAUGCUGUGAAAUUGCGUCAUUAUUGCAUCAGUCCUUUCGUAGUCUCCCUCUCUCUCCCGUCCCCUCACCCCACACGCACACAUACAUAGAAAAAGAAACAGUUCAUCUCUGAUGGGGAGGCCUCCCUGUUGUAAUAAAGCUAACGUUAAAAGAGGCCCUUGGACACCAGAGGAAGAUGCGAAAAUUCUUGCAUAUGUUGCUAGCCAUGGAAUUGGCAACUGGACUUUGGUUCCUCAGAAAGCAGGACUCAACAGAUGUGGAAAGAGCUGUAGGCUAAGAUGGACUAAUUAUUUGCGACCUGAUCUCAAACAUGAUAAUUUUACUCCUGAAGAAGAAGAAUGUAUUCUAGAACUCCACAGAACCAUUGGUAGCAGAUGGUCUCUAAUAGCGAAGCGUUUACCUGGAAGAACAGACAAUGAUGUGAAGAAUUACUGGAACACUAAACUGAAGAAAAAACUUAUGAAAAUGGGAAUAGAUCCAUUAACUCAUAAGCCUUUUUCUCAGAUUGUCACCGAGUAUGGAAUGAUCAGUGGCUUCCCAUGCACUGGUAACAAAAACGCAUUACUCCACACUUCUUUAGCCCGUGCAGAACCAUAUUUACUCAUCGAAGAACUCUCACGUGCAAAAGAAGUCAAUAAACAAAUGAUAGAGAAAUUUCAUAGUCGUGAUCAUGAUCCUUUCUUGAGAAAUCAUCAAUGGAACUCUAUGGCACAGUUUCAAGUCGUGAAC